AUGAGUUUCUAUCCAUCUUCUAUCUCCAAUUCAAUCAAAAUCUCCACCCACCUUCUCCUUCGUCUUCGCACUCGCACACAUCAAUUAGCAGUAGCAACUCGACAAGUUCACACCACCGCAGAAUCACCACAGGAUGACGACGCAAUCGUCUCCACUCUCUGCAAUUCAUUGCGAAAAGGCCAGAACUGGAACACCCUAACCCGAAAAUUCAACACAAUCGAGCUCACCAAUCAAAUCAUCAACAAAGUACUCCUACAACUGAAGGAGCCCAUUGAUGCAAAACGAGCUCUGGGUUUUUUCCACUGGUCGGCUCAGGACAAGCACUGUAAACAUGGCAUUUCUGCUUACUGUGUCACUCUUCACAUCUUGGUCAAAGCCAAGUUGAUAAAGGACGCCAAAGCAUUGCUUGAAUCAGUACUGUUGACCCCUACUGUUUCUGGUAAUUCUCAGACUUUCUCAGUUCUUGAUUCACUGCUUGAUACUUACAAGCUUACAGAUUCGACUCCUUUUGUGUUCGAUUUAUUCGUACAAACUUGUUCUAAGUUGAGGUUGAUAGAUGAUGCUCUUGAUGUUUGUAAAUACUUGGAUGAAAAUGGGUUCACACUGAGCAUUACAAGUUUUAAUGCUUUGCUUCAUGUGGUUCAAAAAUCUGAUAAGACCCACUUAGUUUGGAGAAUCUAUGAGCAUAUGGUUGAAAAAAGAACAUACCCUAAUGAAGUAACUGUCAGGAUUAUGGUCAGUGCAUUGUGUAAAGAAGGUAAGUUGCAAAGGUUUGUUGAUAUUGUGGAUAGGAUUCAUGGGAAGAGAGGGUCACCAGUGGUGCUUGUGAAUACAUGUUUGGUUUUUGGGAUAAUUGAGGAGGGAAGAAUUGAAGAUGGGUUGGUGUUGUUGAAGAGACUAUUGCAAAAGAAUAUGAUUGUUGAUGCUAUUUCGUAUUCUGUGAUUGUCUUUGCCAGAAUAAAGCUUGGGAAUUUGGACUUAGCAUGGGAGGUUUAUGAGGAAAUGCUUAAGAGAGGUUUUCUUGUGAAUUCAUUUGUGUGUACGUUGUUUAUUGAGGCUUACUGUAAGAUGGGAAGGGUUGAGGAAGCAAUUGGAUUGAUGCAACAAAUGGGAAUUUCGGUUUUGAAGCCUUAUGAUGAGACUUUUAAUCACCUCAUUGUUGGUUGCUCUAAAGUGGGAAGAUUGGGGGAGAGCUUGGAGUGGUGUCAGAAAAUGGUGGACUUGGGAUUUGUUCCAAGCUGUUUGGUUUUCAACGAUAUGGUUGGAAAGCUGUGUGCAAAUGGGAAUGCAAAGCAGUGUAACGAGAUGUUGACUGUUCUACUAGAUAAAGGGUUUGUGCCGGAUGAAAUCACAUACUCUCACCUUAUUGCAGGAUAUGGGAAAGAAGGUAAUAUUGAGGGAGUUCUCAAGCUUUGUUAUGAGAUGGAAUACCGAUCACUUCCUCUUUGUUCUUCCACUUUUACGUCUUUAAUUCUCAUUCUUUGUGAAUAUGGGAGAUUGGAGGAAGCAGACCAAUAUCUAAAAGUCAUGAGAGAUCGAUCUUUAGCUCCAAGUGCAUGUGUUUAUGAGACAUUGAUUGCCAGUCACUAUAAGAAGGGUAACAAAACUAGGGCUCAUCAACUUCACAGUGAAAUGGCUGGAAAAGGAUUGAAGCCUAGUCGCACAUUACACAGUCUUAUCAAGGAGGGAAAUGCUUGUGAGCUCUCUAGUCGAUAA